UUGUAAGGGUACUUUAUUCACUGAAUGAACGUGUGGUGCGGAGUGUUUUUUCUUCCGACUACGACCUUUGCUUUCUCAGCGAGGCAAAGAACGAAGAUCCCGUGACUUUGAGUCACAAAUAAAAGGGUCGGUGUGUAACGCGCUGCACGCUUGAUUUUCAACGUAAUAUGCAUUUCACAUAUGCAAUAAAUGCAUUUAUAAGAAUCUGGAUCUAGUCUUCCGUUUCAAAUAAGGAGUAAAACGCACACGAUUUGUCAUGCCGGACGGACUUGUCACGAGCAGGCAGCUUCAGAACGAGGCGACGGGGAUCGACCUGCAGGUGCCCCUCUUCCAGGAGGUGCGCGGCACCAUGAUGACGGGGCACGUGGAGUACCAGAUCGUCGUGGUUACCCGACUCGCCGCCUUCAAGUCAGCCAAGCACAAACCUGGGGACGUGGUUCAGCUCAUGGUGUCCAAGAAGUACAGCGAAAUCGACGAGUUCUGCUGCCGGCUGGCGGCGCAGUAUCCCAAGAUUCCCGUGCCGGCGAUGCCGCGCAAGGCGCUGUUCGUGGGCGAGGCGGAGAUCCGGGAGCGCCGGGCGGCCUUCGACGAGCUCGUCAAGUUCAUCUCCAGGAACGCCACCCUCGCCACCUGCCCCGAGUUACUGGAAUUCCUGGGGGCGAAGACGACGGAUGUGGCUGACUUCAAAACCAGGAACUCCCCGGAUUUGGAGGAUGAGGAGGAUGAUGAAGGGUUUGAUUUCUUUAAAAAGAAUGAGCCUCCAGCUGCCAAAGUCUUGCCGGCAACCAAGCCAGUGGCACCGGCAAAACCAGCGAAGCCACCAGUGCCCAGUGAGGAUGAAGAGGACGAAGAGGAGGAGAUCUUGGACCCACUUGGGAUUAUGAAGUCCAAGAAGCCCAAGAAACCCAAAAAGCCGAAGGAGGCGGAGCCAGUGGCCUCUGCCCCGCCCCCCAGACCCGUGCAGAAGUCCACCUUCUCUCUGUUUGACGAGGAGGCGGAUCCGGACGAGGACCUCUUCCAGCCCGCGGCCAGGAGGGACCCGCCCCCCAAAACCGGCAACCUGAAGCUGUUUGAGGACCCCGACCUGGGAGGGGCGGUCAAACUGGGGGACGCCCUUCUGCUCCCCACGGCGUACGCCGAGGACGGACCGCCCGCCGACGCGGGAUUGGACGAGGACACGGACGAGCUCUUCAGGGUGGAGGAGGACCUGGAGAAGCUUCUCGCCGUCAGCAAGGCCGCGAAACCCAAACCCGCCAUGGCUCCCAAACCCGUACCCAAACCCAAACCGGCCCUGCCCAAGAAGCCCGCGUCCCUGUCUCAGAGCGGCGGCGGCGCCGACGGCAACCGAGGGGCGGGGCCUCUCCCGGAGACCAAGGCGGAGUCUAUGGGACAGGUGGACAUCCUCAAAUACAUACAGCAGAAUGAGGAGGCCACCAACGAGGACCUGGAUCUGUUCUGAUGUUUUUUUUUUUGUUGUUUUUUUUGGGGGGUGGGGG